UAUAAAUGUUCCUUUCCUGUGGACAAACAAGGAACCUUGUUACUAGACUUUGAUAUCAGGCCCUGUUGGAACGGUGGCAGCUUCCACUACUUCCUCUGCAGCACUUGUCUGGUUCUUCUGACUCUCCUCACAUCCUUCAUCUACCACUUYCUGAGGUGGCAGCUGGCCUACACAUUCCACCUCUUCCUGGCCUUUCUCUACGACAGCAGGAGGAGGAAGACGGCAGAUCCUCAUCAGUUUGAUGCCUUUGUGUCCUACAACGUCCACGAUGAGGACUGGGUUUACAGAGAGAUGCUUCCAGUGCUGGAGGGAGAGCAGGGCUGGAGACUCUGCCUGCACCACAGAGACUUCCAACCAGGUAAACCCAUCAUGGAGAACAUCACUGAUGCCAUUUAUGGCAGCAGGAAGACCAUCUGUGUGAUCAGCCGCCACUACCUGCAGAGUGAAUGGUGCUCCAGAGAGAUCCAGAUGGCCAGCUUCCGUCUGUUUGAUGAACAGAAGGAUGUGUUGAUCCUGCUGUUYCUGGAGGAGAUCCCCUCUCGUCAUCUGACUCCGUACUACCGCAUGAGGAAGCUGGUAAAGAAACGCACCUACCUGAGCUGGCCUCAGGCUGCACAACACCCAGGAGUCUUCUGGCAGAAUGUCCAGAGAGCUCUGCAGACAGGAGACGCUCUGACUGAGAACACAGACCUGCUGACCGGACCAGCAGGACCAGCAGGACUCUGAGAAAUGAAGCAGAGCUACUAUAAUUUGAAUGUUUAACUUUUAUGGAAUUUCUUGCCAUUAUGUUUUUUUA